AUGAACAAUAAGGUCUUGUUUCGAUUCGAUCCAAUGGAGUUCAACCUCAUCACAAGCGUGCUGAGGCUCGCCGUGCCAAUCCAGGCUCCGAUCGAUGUCAUUCUUAUUCUUGACUUUGAAGGCAGUUAUUUGCCCGGAAUGUGUUUGAGCAAAGCGCAAGCCCCGCAGCGCUUGAACUUCAAGAUUUAUCAAGCGUACACCUGGAAUUCCGAUUGGACAGCAGCCCAUUGGCUUUCCAUUACACGCCAAGCCGACUAA